CAGUUUGAGAUCGGACGCGGUGAGGGGUGUGUGUCGCAGGCUGUCGCUGCAAGUGAUGGCUGUUUAUGCUUGCGUGUUUCCUUUGGAGUUGUGAUAUUGAAUCAGAAACGCUUCGAUUUCAGUUUGCUAUAAGUCAGCGCCAUGGCAGACGGCGAGUCCAGCGUCCGUGUCGCGGUCAGGAUCCGGCCGCUGAUCUCGCGCGAGAAGAUCGACAUGUGCCGGGUGUGUACCUCGGUCACCCCCGGCGAGCCGCAGGUGUGGCUGGGCUCCGACAAAGCCUUCACCUACGACUAUAUGUUCGACAUGGACUCGGAACAGGAGCACAUCUACAGCCAGUGCACGCAGCAGCUCAUCGAGGGAUGUCUGGACGGCUACAACGCCACCAUCCUGGCCUAUGGACAGACGGGCUCUGGUAAAACAUACACCAUGGGUACCGGUUUCGAGAUGGACGCCGGACCGGAGUCGGCCGGUAUCAUCCCCCGAGCGGUGGACCACCUCUUCAGGGGCAUCCAGGAGAGACAGGAGGCGGCGCGGAGGGCCGGUCAACCGGCGGCCGACUUCAAGAUCAGCGCCCAGUUCAUGGAGCUGUACAACGAGGAGGUGAUCGACCUGCUGGACCAGUCCGGUGUGAACAGGGGCCGAAAGUCUGCGAUCCGUAUCCACGAGGACGCCGGCGGCGGGAUCUACACGAUGGGCGUUACCUGUCGCGCCGUCACCUCGGCAGAGGACUGUCUCAAGUGUCUGCGCGUGGGCGCGCUCAGUCGCACCACGGCCAGCACUCAGAUGAACGUCCAGAGCAGUCGCAGCCACGCCAUAUUCACGCUCAUUAUCAAACAGAUGCGCGUGGCACGAGCAGACAGCGGUUUUGCCGGUGAGACGGAGUCGGCCGAUGGGAUCAGCAGCAGCGAGGGAGGUGAGCAGGAGCAGCCGGCAGAGUUCGAGACGCUCUCGGCUAAGUUCCACUUUGUUGACCUGGCCGGCUCGGAGCGGCUGAAGAGGACCGGAGCGACUGGAGACAGAGCCAAGGAGGGCAUCUCCAUCAACUGCGGACUGCUGGCGCUGGGUAACGUCAUCUCUGCACUUGGCGAUGAGACCCGCAAGAUCUCUCACGUGCCGUACCGGGACUCCAAGUUGACUCGGCUGCUGCAGGACUCACUCGGAGGUAACAGUCGGACGGUAAUGAUAGCCUGCGUGUCGCCCUCGGACGCCGAUUUCAUGGAGACGCUCAACACGCUGAAGUACGCCAACCGGGCGCGCAACAUCAAGAACCGGGUGACCAUCAACCAGGACAAGACGUCGCGCACCAUCUCACUGCUGCGGCAGGAGAUCCAGCAGCUGCAGCUCGAGCUCAUGGAGUACAGACAGGGAAAGCGGGUGGUGACCGAGGACGGCACGGAGGCCAUCAACGACAUGUACCACGAGAACAACAUGCUGCAGACCGAGAACGCUAACCUGCGGACGCGCAUCAAGGCCAUCCAGGAGACGAUCACGGCUCUGACGGCGCGCAACACCCAGCUGCUGGCAGAGAAGGCCGCCGGAGAGUGGAUCGGCGCCGACCCCAGCGGGGAUGUCAGCGAGCUGGUAUCGCGGUACCUGCAGGAGAUCGAGGAGCUCCGCGCCCGACUGAUGGAGUCAGAGAGCACAUGCGAGCAGCUCAGGAAGCGCGGUGUCAACCGGAACCUGUCGCGCCUCAGCACCAGCCCCCGCCACCCGGGCACAGGCGACGUGCAGCUCUCCCUGGUGGAGGUCGACUCUGGCAGUGUCACUGAGCUUAUCGAGGAAGCUCGCCGUGACCUGGAGCGGGCACGAACCAAGAGCGGUCUGAGACGGUCCUCCAGCGAGGGAGGUCGAUCCUCAGCCGACAGAGAGACUGAACAGUCGAGCGACAGCGCAGACGAGAACGAUAAAGACUCGGACCGAGCCGACUCAGAGCCAGAAGGCUCGGUGGACGGACGCGGCAGCGACGACAAAGAAAACGAGGACUAUAACGAGCAGCUGGCCGAGCUAACCUCGGAGAUCACAGUCAAACAGCGACUGAUCGAGGAACUGGAGCGCUCCCAGCGGCGCAUGGACACCAUGAGACAACACUACGAGGAGAAACUGUCCCAGCUGAGCGGGAGGAUACGAGCGACAGAGCAAGAGCGCGAUAAAGUCAUCUCCAACAUCACGUCCGGCCGUCGCUCCGGCGGCUCCUCAGACGAGGUCCGCAAGGUGAAGGACGACUAUGAGAAGCGACUCUCCGAGAUGGAGCGGGAGAUGAAGAAGCUGCAGUCGGCCAAACGCGAGCACGCCAAACUGGUCCGCUCGCAGGGGCAGUACGAGCGACAGGUCAAAACGCUCAAGAGCGAGGUGACUGAAAUGAAGAAGACAAAGGUGAAGCUGAUGCAGCGUAUGAAAGACGACGCCAACAAGAUGAAACAGAUGGACCUGCAGCACCACAGGGCCAUGUCGCAGCUCAAAAAGGAGCACAGGAAACACGAAAACACGAUCAAGUCGCUGGAGGCGGAGAAGAGGAUGAAGGACGCAGUGCUGAAGCGAAAGCAGGAGGAGAUUGUGGCGCUCCGCAGACUCGGGAAGCCCCAGCGCACUCGAAACAGACUCAGGCUCAAAGGCAGCGCCGACACGACCAAGCCGUUCUCGCCGGCUGCCGCCAAGAAGAAGUGGCAGUCGCUGGAAAAGACCAUCAACCAGCUGGCGCUGAACAAACAGGCCGUGGCCAGCAUGGAGAGGGAGAUGGAACGGCACCUGAAGGAGCGCGAGUCCCUGCGCCGUCGUCUGGCGCGGGUGAUGAAGCAGCGCGACAAGGUGCUGCUGGCCGGCUGCACGCGGCAACAGAUGCUGGAGCUCGAGGAGACCAUCGAGGGCAUCCGCGCCAACAUGGACUACAUCAACGACAGCAUCAACGAGUGUCAGACGGGCAUCAUGGCCAUGGAGGAGUCCAAGGAGGACCUGCCGAUCCAGGACCCGGCCCAGCUGGUUCGUAACAUGCAGGACCAGGAGGAGAUGGAGUACCUGCUGGAGAAGCUGAUCUCGAUGACCAUCCACCAGAGCUGCGUGGCCGCGCAGCACGAGGCCACCGCUAAGGACACCGAGGUCAAAAUGGAACAGAUGGAGCAGACGGGUAUCGUGCAGCAGCAGCUGCUGCAGCACCUACUGACCGAGGAGGGCGGUCUGGACGCCACUGUGCUCUCCCUGAUCGCCGAGGCCGGGCAGCAGGAGCCCAGUGACGGCUCCGCCUCGGACGGGGAGGCCGCCGACCAGCCGCCGGCCUGGGCCGCGCCCGCUCCGGCCCGAGACAAGGCCAGGAGAAAAACCACCACCACACAGGAGCUGCUGUAUUCGAACGGCGGCAGCGGCGACCCGUCCCCUGCCGGCUCUCCGGCGGCUCAGGAGGGCCGCGGGGGACGAUCCAGUGGCGGAGGGGACGCCGACGGGCGGCUGGCCAUGCCGCCGCCGCCCCCGCCCGCGCAGACAGGCGUGCCGCCGGCGUUCACCCGGUCUCUGCCGCAGCCGCCGGCCGCACCGCCCGUCUUCUCGCGAUCUCUGAGUCACACGGUGUCCGGAAAUGACACGGUGUCAGGAUCGAGCAGGACAUUUGGCCGCCCCGACCCGCGCCCCUCGCCGCUGCUCGGCCGGCGAGCGUACAAGGACUCGCUGUCGCCUCGGCUGGCGCGACGCCAUGUGACCAUUACUAACAACACCUUCAGACCCUCUGAAACCAGCGCUGUGACUCCGCCCGGCUCCCCGGCCUCGUACCGCCGUCAGACGUCCCGGGAGGAGAACGUGUUCCACCGGCUCACCUCCUCCGGACCGGCACAGGAGGAGUGUCACGAGGUGGGCGUCAUCACGCCGUACCAGGGCCGGGCCGGGCGCGCCCCACUCGUCUGCUCUCACGUGGCUGAGGGUCACGCCAAGGCGGUGCUGUCAGUGUGUGCCACCGAUGACAUGAUGCUGUCCGGGUCCAAAGACCGGACGGUGAAAGUGUGGGACCUGGCCACCGGCCGCCAAGUGCAGCUCCUCACCGGCCACCCCAAUAACGUGGUGUGUGUCCGGUACUCGGAGGCCGCCCAGAUGGCCUUCAGCGUGUCAUCGGCCUUCGUCAAGGUCUGGGACCUGCGGCAGGGCGGCGCACAGUGCAUCAAAACGCUCAGUUCCUCGGGUCUCACCUCUGCCACUGUGGCCGUCUCCACGCCGUCCCGGACGCUGCAGAUGCCUCAGGGAGAGUCUCAGAUCAACGACGUGUGUGUGAGCAGCAGCGGCCUGGCACUGUACACGGCCAGCCAGAGCACGGUCAGGAUGUGGGACCUCAGAAAGUUCCACAGCGUGGGUAAGCUGAGCGGCGGCCACCAGGCGGCCAUCAUGUGUCUGGCCGUGGACCGGCGGCGCGGCGGAGACCUCGUCCUCACCGGUUCCAAGGACCACUACAUCAAGGGCUUCGAGGUGCCCGACGACACAAACGGCAUCGUCCAGCAGAGUCUGAGUCUGGACCCGCCGCACUACGACGGAAUCCAGUGCCUGGUGGUGGCCGGCGGGGACACGCUCUUCUCCGGGUCCCGCGACGCGUGCAUCAAACAGUGGGACCUGCGACGACAGACGCUGCUCCAGAGCGUCAGUAACGCGCACCGAGACUGGAUCUGCGGCCUGAGUCUGGCGCCCGGCGGCCAGGCCCUCCUCUCCGGCUGCCGUGGCGGCGUGGUCAAACUGUGGAGCGUGGACGGGUGUCAGCCCCUCGGCGAGCUGAAGGCGCACAACUCUCAGAUUAACGCCAUCGCCGCCAACCAGUCGCACGUCUUCACGGCCGCCAAUGACCACACGGUCGGCCUGUGGCGGCUCAGAAACUCGCCGGACGCAGACGGCGAUCCUGCGUAGCCAGUCAGUACAAACGACGUCAGCGCCACCUGGGGCGGCGCUAAUUACCGGCUCCGCCCAGAGAUGGCGCGCGCGUCGGCGGCGGUGGCCGAUCGGAGUCGACGGUGAUGCGAUUAUGUUGGAAGGAAAGUCAGUGUGAGUUGUGUGCAUGGCCGUGAUGAAAGUCGAUCGAGUGUCGAAUGUCAACCCGCUAACAAGAUUCGGCUGUGAUGAUGAUGGCGGUUUUCCUAACGGCAGUAGUGUGCAGAGUAACUUAUUUUUUAACGUGUGCGCGGUAACCCUGAUGUCAACAUUCCAUUUUGUUGAGUCGUUUUAUUGUCGUUGCUUGUUUUCUAUUCAGAAAUAAACGAUCUGAUUAGA